UCAGACGCGGCAUAUGAUAUGAUACUGUAACGGGGGUAGUGAGAUCGAAGUUUUAUUUAUCGAUGCCUUGUGUUUUUCUCAUCCUAUAGGUGAAUUUAAGUUCAUUAGAAUAUUUGCUUCGUUGUUGAAGAAACAAUCGAUUAAGCUGUAAGACGUGCGUAAAUUUGUUUAAUUAAGACGGAGGCCAUGUUUAAUAUACGUUAAAAUUGAUCCGCCCUUGGAUAUAUUGAAGGCGCUUUAAUCGGCGAGAUAAGAAAUUUUACUUAUAUUGUAAAUUUAUAGGCAUAGAAAUCGGCGGUCUUAAAUCAAGUGUACAUCAUAGUCACAAAAGAUCACAAACAAACCGCGCUGUCGAUUGAAUAUUGUAUUAAAUUACAACAGUCAAAUGUUGGGAUGUAUAGCAGAAAUUUUGUGACAGAAGAAAUAUUCAACUUAUUCGUGGAUUUAAUUAGAUAAUAAAGUCGAAAUUAAGAUAGACAUGGAAGUCUUAAAACGGAAGAUUGCAGAGAAUAGGGCAGCCAUCUUGCGUGACCUUGACCUUAACAAAGAUUUACUUGCGGCCUUAACGAAACAUGAAGUCGUCAACAUAACAGACUGUGUUAAAUUACAGCAAACGGAAGAUAAUUCAGCUAGAAACAAAGCGUUUUUGGAUAUGAUUGUAAAUAGUGGAAAUGACACAAGCACAUAUGUAACCCUGAUUGAAUGUCUACAGAGAUGUAGUCAAGGCAAUGUGGCAGCUCUAUUCAUGGACGUUGGGGAAGAAAUGCAAAUAUUGAACCAAAUACAAAUACAUCUAGACACACAAAUAAAAGAGAUGAACGAAUUUCUUGCCACAGAAGAGCGGCGUGCGGGAAUAUAUUUGACAGAACCUCCAAUGGAUCAAGAGAAUGACAAACCUGCUUUGACAGAUACCGAAGUCUGGUCUAAAGUGCAACAAAGUUUGAAGCGUUCCGAGCAGCAAUUGAAUAGAUGUCAAGCCGUUAUCAAAAAACUGCACCAAGACUGUGAAACUGUUGCCAAACAAAAUUUUGAUAUUAUAGAACACACUAAGGAAUGCGACGCGAAAAUUAAAAGUGUUCUCUCGGUCGGUAGACAGUCUGCAAAACAGAAGACUGUGCCAAAGAAAACACAAGACUUGUUUGCGAAUCUAAUGGAUGAUAUAGAGAAACUAGUGAAAACAAGACGGAAAGUUUUGGAUAAAGAAACGGAGGGAAGACGGCAUUCAACGAGAAUUAUACGACAGUGUAGAGAUUGGAUAGAGAGUAGGUGCUUAACGCUUAAGAAACUAAAUAAUCCAUCAAGUCAAGGUACUCCAAAAUUAGAAAACGGUGAUGAGGAAAGUGCUGUAAGUAUUCAAAGAGCAGCCCCUCCUGUGAAUGACAAUGCCAUAUUGUCAGUACUUGACGCGCUACAGCUUUUGGAAAAAGAACUGCAGGAAUAUGUGCAUCAAGAAAUUACACUUUCAGAUAAGUUCAGAACAGAAAUAAGGAGAAGACAUUUGCAAAAGAAGUUACACGGGUUUAACGUUCAGGGCAUGACAGAAAUCGAAAAUGCGUUGCACAGUUUAGAAAAAGAUCCUGCAUCUUUUCAAGAUAAUAUAGCUGUAAUAAAAACUUCAGUACGUGAAAUUAACAGAGAAUACAGCGAAUGUGUGAGCUUUUUAAAUAAAGUUGAUCCAAAUUGUGACUCCGCUGACAGUGAAAAAUCAAAUUCUUCACCAGUAGCUAAAAGAAGAGACUUUAAAGCCGCACCACGGAACUGGCCAGGUAACUUUAAAAGGACAGCAAACUUCGGCGGGAAUCUAACUCGUAGCAUGGACAAUAACCUCCAAAUGGCUGGUCGAGAGAAAUCUGAACCAAAUCAAUUACUGAAUAGAAUAAAGUCAUUAGCCAGUAAACAUGAAGAAUUAAAAAAUGAGGACCUGAAUUUAAGCUCUAAGUAUAGAAUCGAGAUAUCCAAAAAGAAACGAGAAAUGGAUUUAGUGAUACAACGAAAGGAUGACCAGAUUUUAAAACUUCAAACUGAUGUUAAAGAGAUAACUGCUGAGAAAGAGAAAUUUAAGAAAUUGUAUAAUGACACCAAGAUCGGAUAUCAAAGAAGUACUGAACACAGCAACAGUUAAAUCAACAAGUCCAACGGACGGCUCGCUUAUUACAUUCAGCUGAGCUAAAUGUGCCUCAAAGACAUAUUAACCAAAAUGAACAACAGUACAUGUAGUUAAAAUCUGAAAUAUUUAUAUAUUUAAUUAUUUACUGUUCUUUUUUUAUUAAUACUAUAAAAAAUAUCGU